CAGGUGAGCUUUGCAUGUGUCAAGAUUACAGCAAUAUGCCCAAUAACAUUGCUUGAAAGAGUGAGUGAUUUACUAAGAUGGGAGCAGAAGAAGAAAACAACAGACCUCCCAUGGAAGUCACACUCUCUUCCAAUCCUCUCACCUUCCAGCCCUCUCUACCACACCCCUUCCUCUCCUCCACCUUUAUCAGAAACCGAAGAACAAGACCUCCGGCUUGCCGAAGAAAGACUAACCACCCUCUCCCAGAGAUGCAGUGACUUCAAUGUCCCUCUACUCAUUGAUGCAGAGUACACCUCAGUGCAACCAGCUAUUGACUACUUAACAUACUCAGCAAUGCUCAGGUUCAACCACAAUGACCGGCCUAUCGUUUACGGUACAAUUCAGGCCUACUUAAGGGAUGCCAAAGAGAGGUUGAUGCUUGCAGUGGAGGCUGCUGAGAAGGAGAGAAUUUCUAUAGGUUUCAAGUUGGUCAGAGGUGCUUACUUAACAAAAGAAACAGAACUUGCUUCAUCAUUAGGUGCAGCUUCACCCAUUCACAGCAGUAUAGAAAAAACACAUGCAUGUUACAAUGACUGCACCUCCUUCAUGCUUGGAAAGGUUGUCAGUGGGUCUGGUUCUGUUGUGCUUGCCACACAUAAUUUUAACUCAGGAAAAUUUGCAGCAGCAAAAGCUGAAGAAUUGGGGAUUGAUAAAGGAGAUCAGAAACUGCAAUUUGCACAGCUGAAAGGAAUGGCUGAAGCACUGUCAAUAGGAUUGAGUAAUGCUGGUUUCCAAGUUAGUAAGUACUUGCCUUUUGGACCUGUGGAUCAAGUCAUCCCUUACCUUCUCCGCAGGGCUGAGGAGAACAGAGGUUUCCUCUCUGCUUCCACUUUGGACAGGCAACUCAUGAGGAAAGAGAUAAAGAGAAGAAUAAAGACAAUGCUUUCAGGAAGGGGAUGAAUGCGCAAUAGGUAAUUAUGAUACAGUAUAAUAACAAGCAGAAUUGCAUGUACAUGUGCAUUAAUCUGACUAAAAAAAAAGAAAUAUAUGGACAGAAAGAUAUAAAUGUUGUUUGUGUACUCUGUCUGGUUCAUGCACUCUGUCCAUUUUCCACUGAAUUUGGAUACUAAUAAUGUACCUUUUAUCAAUAUUAUCUCA